AUGGAAAGAUCAUCACUUUCUUCUUCUACUAAAAGAAGAGGUAUAAAGAAAAGAGUAGUUGAAAUUCCAAUGAAGGAUGUGGAAGGGACUAAUACUCCACCGUCCGAUUCAUGGGCUUGGAGAAAGUACGGUCAGAAACCCAUCAAAGGCUCACCUUAUCCGAGAGGAUACUAUAGAUGUAGCAGUUCAAAGAAUUGUCCGGCGAGAAAACAAGUGGAAAGGAACCAUAUGGACCCCACCGUGCUUCUUGUAACAUACACUUCAGAUCACAACCACGCCGUGCCGCCACCUAGAAGCUACCGUAAUACAAGCAACGCCGCUGCAUCGAACAAAGACUCUGAAUCAGAGCAGGAGGCUGAACCUGAAACCGAGGAGAGAUUUGCGGAUCUUGGAGAGGUGUCGUUGAUCGCUACCGCGGAUGAGUUAGGAGGAUGGUUGGGGGAAGCGUCGCCGGGGGUUUUGGAGUGUCCGGUUUUCUCGGAGCAGGAAGUGUCGAUGUUGGGGGAAGAGGAGAUGUCGCUGUUUGCGGAUCUGGGAGAGUUGCCGGAGUGUUCGGCGGUGUUUUGGAGAGGGAGGAGUAGUGCCGGCGAUGUGAGUGUGGGUCCACUAGUGGAGGCAAAUUGCUCGUUGUGA